CAGCUGUUUAAACGUGUUGGCGAGCUCCGACGAGUCACUCGGGCUUCGUCAUGAAGGUCGUGCUGCUGCUGGCGCUGCUCACAGUCUGUGAAUGUGACGGCAGCAGGGUCAAAGGUCACACAGGUCAGGACGUCACUCUGCCCUGUAAAUAUGACAGGAAGUAUCACGGCGCUCUGUCAGCGUGCUGGCAGCGAGGAGAAAUACCAACCAGAGGCUGCUCCAAUCAGCUGAUCUCCACAGAUGGAGUCAGAGUGGAAACCAGAGCUCCCAGCAGGUAUGAGCUGCUGGGCCGACUGGAGGACGGAGAUGUCUCUCUGACCAUAAAGAGCCUCACAGAGGGAGACGCUGGACGAUACGGCUGCAGGGUGGAGAUACCCGGCUGGUUCAACGAUGACAAACAUCACUUUGACCUGAGCGUCGUCACAGCGCCACAGGCUCCCACACGGACGGCGCCAAACUCAGAGACGCCCACAGAGCCGACGGCAGCCUCUGAAGGUCACAUGACCUCCGCAGAAAGCCUCCUGACUUCGCCCACCACCAUGACGAGCAGCAGCGAGGGCGAGGGCGGCGGUCAGCUGGUGGUGGUGGUCGUCUGCGUCGUGCUGGGGCUGGUGUCUCUGCUCGUCCUCGUAGGACUCCUGGCGAGAAGACUGAAGCUCCUCCCCACAGUGUGAGUGCACGAUCUUUAUCUUUGUGUUUCUGAGUAACUAACGUGUCACCUCGACCAUUGCGGACGCUGCUGAGAAGUCGUGACUCAUCUUCUCUCAGCCUUCAUCGCGUGUUCAGACUGAAACUGAGGUGAGAGAACCACAGAGUUCAGACCAGGCUGAGGAAACUUCAACGGCGGCUCGCUCGACCUUUACGGCCAUCAGAGUGGAAUCAUUUAGAGCUGACGCCUGUGUCAGAGCUCAGCACCACACCCUCCACCCCUCCGCUACCAGAAACACCGUCCAUCAAAGCCCUGAACAGAGUCCGCCAUUAUGGCGUCCAAACUCAAGAACAAGCGCGACACUACCAAAGCUCCAAAGGUUGAUCCACAUCCUCAGUGUUUCCAUCACUGCUGGAGCCUCAGAGCACGGGGAGGAAGCUCCUUCAUCAUCAUCAU